UGGAUGAACUCCCAAUGAUUUACAGCUGUUGUAUAUUUGUGUACUGCAUGUUUGAAUGUUUCAAGAUGAAGAACUCUGUAAACUACCACCUGCUUUUUAUCUUAGUUCUAUUCAGUUUAAUAGUAACCACAGUUUACCUUAAGGUAAAGGAGCCUAUAUUCCAUCAGGUCAUGUAUGGAAUGUUGGUCUUCACAUUAGUACUUCGAUCUAUUUAUAUUGUUACAUGGGUUUAUCCAUGGCUCAGAGGACUGGGUUAUACAUCCUUGGGCAUAUUUUUAAUGGGGUUUCUAUUAUGGAACAUAGAUAACAUCUUUUGUGAUUCACUGAGGAACUUUCGAAAGAAGGUGCCACCUAUCAUGGGUGUUGCCACACAGUUUCAUGCAUGGUGGCAUAUUUUAACUGGCCUUGGUUCUUAUCUUCAUAUCCUUUUCAGUUUAUAUACAAGAACUCUUUACCUGAAAUACAGGCCAAAAGUAAAGUUUCUCUUCGGAAUCUGGCCAGUGAUCCUUUUUGAGCCUCUCAGGAAGCACUGAUGAAUUAUUCCACCAAGAAAACAAAAAAGCACCGACCAUAGGCCUGGCCAAAUGAAUAAGGAAAUCCUUAAAGAUCUACACAUUCAAAUAUAUUAUGACCAUCAGAGUAAAGAGUGACUUUCUGAGUAAUGCUGCCAGUCACGCAGAGAAUAAGGAAUGGGGCAUGUUGGAUGUUUAGCUUGUGUCUUUAUCUCAUUGUCCUUCUCCUCCUCACCCUCACUCUAAAAUGUU